AAGGCGAAGGUGCCUCGGUGAAUGCGGCUGGACGUCGGCAACCUGUGUUCAGAGACGACACCUGGUUCGGUUUUCAACGAGGGACGAGGACACGGCGACGGCGGGGGCGGCCAUACUCAAACAACCGCCGAGCGAAGUGCGCGGCACAUCGCAGAAAUGAGACGAUAAUAAACCACGUUUGGAUCUAUCGGCGAAACGUACGGGUAGACGGUAACGGGUGCGAGUGGCUCCGUCGAGACCGUGGUCGAGACAGUUGGGGAACGAGUUCAGGGAGGAAGUGAAAAAACGGAAGCGCGAAGGGAACGGGCAGACGAAUCGAGGCGCAGAGAACAUUAUGAGCGCAAAGACGGACGUGAACAGGCGGGUCUUAGCGAUUCAGGCGAAGAAAAAGAGGCACAAGCCUAGCAAGCGAAAAGGGAAGAGCAGUGCUCAGGACGAGACGGAAACAUCGGCAGCUCAGUGCUCGAAGGCGCCGGCUACUCAACAGGGACAGGGAUCGGGUUUCUAUCAGGAUUCUGCUCAGAGUCCAUAUUCCGGCGACAAUGGGAACAGCUCUAGUAACGAAACAAUGGAGGAUGGCGACGAGUAUAUCAGCGGGGACGAGGAGCAAGAAGAUAGCAGUGAUUAUUGUAAAGGAGGAUAUCACCCUGUUAAAAUAGGAGACUUAUUCUUAAACAGAUAUCAUGUAACUCGCAAACUUGGUUGGGGUCACUUCUCGACGGUCUGGCUCUGUUGGGACAUGCAGGACAAACGAUUCGUGGCCCUUAAAGUGGUAAAGUCCGCAUCUCAUUUUACUGAGACCGCGUUGGACGAAAUUAAAUUGUUAAAAGAUGUGCGCGACACGGAUCCCGUUGAUCCGAAGCGUAAUAAAACCGUCCAGUUACUCAAUGACUUCAAGAUCAGCGGCAUUAAUGGCCUGCACGUGUGCAUGGUUUUCGAAGUACUCGGACAUAAUCUUCUUAAAUUGAUUAUCAAAUCCAACUACAGAGGAAUUCCAAGAAAUAAUGUUAAGCGUAUCAUCAGACAAGUUCUCGAAGGUCUCGAUUAUCUACAUAAUAAAUGUAAAAUUAUUCAUACUGAUAUUAAACCUGAAAACGUUCUUGUUUGCGUCGACGAAGCGUACAUAAGAAAAUUAGCUUGCGAGGCAACAGAGUUGCACUCGCUUGGAAUGAAAUUACCGACGUCUUUAAUCUCGACCGCGCCGAAAGAAUUCCAAGAGCCCGCCCCUAAUUCUAAGAUGUCGAAAAACAAAAAGAAAAAACUGAAAAAGAAAGCGAAACGCCAGAACGAACUGCUGAAGAGGCAAAUGGAACAAAUCGAGGAGUUGGAGGAGCAGGAUAAACUCGCGAACAGCACACGAGCGAACGGGGAAUUGGAGACGAACAGCCCUGAUCAAGAUAUCAAUACGGAAAGCAUAGAGGACAACACGGAGAGCAAAGAGUCGCCCGAUAUUUCAGAACCAUCCGCACCGUCAUUGCACAUAAAUGGUGUAGAUAGUUUAGGAGGCGGGGAAAAAGUAGAGAAUCAAUUACCUCAACAAUCCGAAAAGAUGGAGAACGCAAACUCGUGCGACGUGGAAAAAAGUUGCGGCGAGGGUGUGCAUUCGCCCGAUCGCGAGGACACGGACGAAUGUAGCGAAGGUCGUAAUUUACAUCCACCCGAGAGUAAACAAUUGAAAAGAGCGUCGGUGAUUCCUCUAGAUCCUGCCUUAGUGGACUGCGAGGUCGAAGUAAAGAUAGCAGACCUCGGGAACGCGUGUUGGGUUAAUAAAAAAUUCACAGACGACAUUCAAACUCGUCAAUACAGAUCGUUAGAAGUGUUGUUAGGAUCUGGAUACGAUACAUCAGCGGAUAUAUGGUCUACCGCCUGUAUGGCAUUUGAAUUAGCGACUGGUGAUUAUUUGUUCGAGCCACACAGCGGCAAUUAUUAUUGCAGAGACGAAGAUCAUUUAGCACAUAUAAUCGAGUUGCUUGGCGAGAUACCGAGACACAUUGCCCUAUCUGGGAAAAAUUCGAAAAUGUACUUCAACAAGAAGGGCGAGCUGAAACGAAUUACUGGUUUGAAACCUUGGGGACUGUACGAGGUGCUUACGGAAAAAUAUGACUGGUCACCAAGGGAAGCGCGCGAGUUUGAAGAGUUCCUAACUCCGAUGCUCGAGUUCGAUCCGAGUAUGCGAGCUACAGCAGCAGAGUGCCUGAAGCAUCCUUGGCUACAAAUCAAAAAGUGAUCACGUUUUUUUAUCGUUUUAUCUUUAAAUUCCUCAACUUUACACUUCUACCAUCCUGAUGUAAUUAUAAGUCGAGAGUGUGGCAAGAGGGGACGACUGACAGUGGUCAGAUCAUUUCGCGUUCUACAUACGUUUUAUUCCCGCGUGACAAGUGCAUUAUUACCGAACACGCACAUUAUCAGAUUAUUUAAUAUUUAACUUAAUGUAAUUGUAGGAUGCAAAAUUGUCACUAGUACAUAUAUUUUUAAUCUUUUUUUAAUUACUGAUAUUUCUUUUCGUUAAUGCUCGUUUCUACGCGAUCUAAACGAAGUAAAACUGUUUUAAUUGGAAUAUUAAUUUGCUACAUUCCAUCGAAAUUCCAACAAUUACAUAUAAAAACGACUGCGGCUUUCGAUUGUAACACUCUCGACGGUGGCUGCCUACUUGUGUAUUUAUACAUCUGUUAGAUCAUAUUCCUCAUUUAGUAAUGGUAUCUUAAAUUAAAAUUUUCGUAGUUUACCGUAUUAUUUUACACGGUCAUCGUUAUGCUGUUCUUUACAUUAAUCGUCAAUUAAUUUAUCGACCAUCCCAAGAGUCAUGGAACCUACUCAUAAUGAACAUUUGAAAAGGGCAGGCCCAUUGUUAAACUAUAACGAACACUGAAACUUUCAUUCAAAUACAUUUACUUUCUCCAUUGACAAAAUUCUCGUCUGCUGGCAGGUCUCUUCUUUCUCUGUGAUUUCUUCUCGUGCUUAAUUGAUGUUCAGGUCGAAUAUAAUUAAUCGUUAUAUUAAUAUUGAUUAAAUACUCAUAGCGCGCACACGCCGGAACGUGUGAGUGAGAAACUGAACCUUUGUACAAAUUUGAUCCUCAUUGUAAUUAAGAGUUGGUCGCCAGAUUCUUGGUAAAAACACUUAACAACGAUUCGGAAUAAGACAGUGCAUAAUUGAAACUUGUAGGUAGUAACGAACAUGCUUAUAAUAAAUAAAAACUUACGAUUGUAAAGACUUUCGUAAUGAAAUUAUUGUUACAAAAGCAAUGUAGACACUGUCGAAUUUCGAAUGGCAAGCAUUCAACGAUUAUACAUAAUUUUCGUUCAGUUUUAUUUAUUACACACUGAGAAGCGUAACACAUGUAAUCGUAUACGCGUCGUCGCAAACGGAGACGACGUUUCUUACAUCAUGACUGACGUCUCGUUAGAAACGUUAGGUUAAUCAUAAUAAGUUCUGCGCGACCUUCUUCACUUCGAGCUGUUGACUGAUUAUUAAGCUCUCUGCCGAUAAAUUGUCUUCUAUUUUAUAACGAGAAAAGCGAAACAGUACGCUCACCGACGACGGUUCAACAUCGCAAUACGCGCGCUUGCAUCGUUGAACGCCCCUUGUGCAUGCUUCCGAACGAAUGUCCUGUUUCGCUCCGUCUGCCAAUCGAGGAACGCUUCAGCACGAUUUCAUUGAGAAAGCAUUUAGAAAUUGGUGGAGACGCGUACGCAAAACAAUUCAUUCACGUUUACGUAUUUCGGGUAAAAGAGGACGUUAAUUUCCGUUUUAACGUCUAGGAACGUUGAACGACGUUUUUAUUCUAAUCGAACGCCUCUUUUAUCCGUGCUGUGGUCGACCAAGACUUCGGUUGAAAUUCUCCGUGCUCGUUUAACAUUUCCCAGUGAUCACGCGACCACCGCUGACGAUCUUCACCACCGACGAUGGCAAUCGUGUUGAAUCUGUAUAGUACGCGACCAAAGUCGUUACAAGUUAUACAUACAUUGUUGCGAAGGAAAGGAACAAAAUAGCAGCAAUAUAAGGACACGAACAAUUUCCCGGUACCUACCUAUGACUCUCACGCUGUCCUUAUCGCUAACCUAGCGAUCGUUUAAGUGCGAAAUUGUAUAAUACGAUGUAUGUUACCAAAUGAAGAGAAUCAUUAAGAGCAGACGCAAGGUAUGACAGGUUGUACAAUAAUAUCGAAUUAAUGAUUGUACGACGGUGAUCGGUUUCUUUAACAGAUUUCGAGGAGGGAUUUCAUCGCGUAUUAUGAUUAUACAUACCGAUAUAAAUAAAUAAAUAUACAUAUAUACAUACAUAGAGUAACGGGAAUGACAAUUUACGUAGGUGUGAUUCGCUGCUUGGCGUUAGAUUAGUUAGGAUGAAAUUAACGGACGUUAACAGUAAAAUAUGUAUAGCUUGAUGUACGAGAGUUUCCCCCGUUUCCUUCUGAGCACGAGGCGCGUGCGGUAUCGAAAGCUCGUUGUUUUUGUUCAGCCCUUUUUCCUCCGGUGUCGAGAACCAAAGAGUACUGGGACCCAAACCUUGAAACCUUGCGUUUUAGAACUAAUUAAUUGCGCGUCACGUAGACCGGAUUGAUCUAACAUCUUGGAGCAUCAAUUACAGGCAUAGAGCGAGUUUCUUUCGAAUUGAUUGCUUUCUUCGAAAUCGUCUCGUGACAAGAUCUGGUCAUCGCGAGGAGCAUUCCUGAUGCUGAGAUGCGAGUUUGGUUACGAGAGAUAUAAAUGAUUUUUGUAACUUGAAAAUAUCGGGAAAUGUUUAUGAAUAUACACGAAGAAGGAAUGAAGGGAUUUGAAAAGAACACCAAGUUAUAAUUAUGUAAAUUGUCACGUGUCUGACACGUAUCCAUUGUAAAUAUUGAAAUGUAAUCGGGGGGUUUUACACAUUUUUAGACCGAUGCGUCUACGUUUAAAAACGAAAACGAGUCUCGGAAAGUGCUUAAUGGAACCUUCCAACGGAUUACUUCGAACGGAUUCUAAUCCAUUGGAAACAAUCUCUGUAAUAAAUGAAUAAAAUCGGGGUAUCGUCUUACGGAUCGAUAUAUAAAUUAGGGAUACUGGUCGUAGCGUUGUUAGGAUUAUUUAUCUCUGCAUGCUUAGUCGAUCGCUCGAUGUUGUACAUACAUUCGUGUACCGAGCAUUAUUAAGGGUAUAUAAUUAUCGAUUAAACAAACAAAUGCAUAUAGACGCUCGCGAUGCAUGGAGAUCAUUUUUAGAAUUUGUUGGAUGAUGAUCCAUCGCGCGGAGAGAACGUGUGAUUUAAAAAAAAAAAAAUAAAAUAAAACUGACUGGAGCAUUAAGAUACGAUUGAAGGCAAGAGAGUGUUCUGCCAUGCUUUUAGACAAUACUCUGAAUAAUAAUGAACGGAUCAACGACGUUCUAGUAUUAAUGUUGGCUAAAUAGAAUUUAAAUUUGCUAUAAAGGAGAGAGAGACGCGCACCCUUUAGAGAGAAUAUUGGUAACGAGUUUUGCUCAUCUCGCGGGACUUUGAGAGCUAAAAAUAUUUCUUACGCUAUUAAAUUUAAAGCUCGUACGACGGUAUUUCCGAUUAUCGAUCAUUUUUUUCACACGACGAAUAAACAACGGUGUCACGCAAUCAAAAAACUAUAAACAUUUUUCUAUAUACGGUUUUUACUCAUUCUCAUUGCACUUUGUAUCUCCGCAGCUGAGAGGAAAUACCGUGAGGAGACAGAGAGAGAUAUUACGGCAAGAAUCAUUCCUAAAUAAAUAAAAAAAAAAGACUAUUCGCCUUGUGCUCCAGUCAAUCGAUGUACGACCAGAUGAGGCAUAAAAAAAGUAGAAAUAAUACAGUAGAGAUAACGAGUCGAACAAAUAAACAGAAUUGAUGUUUAGACGCUGCCUCCGUUAUGUGCCCUGCUGCAGAAAGAAAUAAGAUAACACACCCAUGUACCCACCUCCCGAGAUCGGUAUAUCAUAUUAAAAAUAAAUUCACAUUCAAAUAAGA